CCUCAAGCGAACCGAAUCAUCUACGAAGCUCGCUUCAUAGCCAAAGAAUCCAGCUAGCUCGGAAUUGCUGCAAACCAUGUCCUCGCUUCACAAGCUCGUCGACCUGGACCAACCCUGGCUGUACGCCUCGGUCGGGACCAUCCUCUUCAACCCCAUCUUUUGGAACCUGGUCGCGAGGAACGAGUAUAGGAACAAGAGCAUGACCAAGAUGUUCGGCGGUGCUUAUCGAGGCACCUGCGUCUUGGCGUUCAUCAUCUUUACCCUCGGUCUCUUUAGGGAUUGGGUCUACCAUAAAGCCCUCGCCUCUCAACCUUCCCACCCCAUCCUCCUCCUCCCCAUCUUCAAAACCCUCGGCUACGCCCUCGUUGCUUCUGGUCAACUAUUCGUGCUCACCUCCAUUUACGCCCUGGGUCUGACUGGAACCUACUUGGGCGACUACUUUGGCAUCCUCAUGUCCCACCGUGUGACCUCUUUCCCGUUCAACGUCCUCAGGGACCCGAUGUACGUUGGCAGCACGAUGUGUUUCUUGGGGAUGGCGCUCGUCAGGGGCAAACCGGCCGGGGUUGGCUUGAGCGCGAUCGUCUGGGUCGUCUAUAUGGUCGCGCUGGCUUUCGAGGGACCGUUUACGGACAAGAUCUACUCGUCGGCCGCUGCCAACAAGAAGCGUGACGCAUCGACCGCUACCUCGACCUCGACGGGAAACAAGAUCGCUUCGGCUCCUGUCCAGGCAGGCUCUUCGGGAUCUGCUUCGCGUGCUACCGGCAAGUCGAACACCGCCGACACUUCGACCUCGACCUACGCAUCGGCCCUCUCCGACGGUCAAUCGAACAACUCUGAGAGUCUCCCCUCGACCGACCCUCGACCGCAGGUAGACCUCUCUCACCUCGGCCUCGGUGCUCCCAUUUCGCAAUCCGGCAACGCACUCCCUGGAAUUGGUCAAGAAAAGGCCGGGGUGAUGGAUCCCGCCUUUUCUACCGCUUCGCCAGGCAAGGGACCGGGUGGCAGAACGGUCACCAGGAGUAGGAGUCGGGCUAGGAUCGUCGAUGAUGAUUAGAUCGGUUCGACGGGGUCGGAUGUGGCGCACUCAUCUGCGUCGGAGUUUGAACUGGACGGCAAAGUAGACACGACAGGAUAUCAUACACGACACUCUAUACGCGACAUGAGGUUAUAGACAUACGAAACACGAAGAAAAAGGAAAAACAAGACAUAGAAUCAUCGCCCUGAUCAUCAAAGUAUAAAGUACAAGUCAUAACGUACGGUUGAUGCUCUCAGCGUGUACAAGACCGGAUGGAAGACUAUAUUGUACACCACAAACGGGAAAACGAGGCGGACUUUGUAUAUGCGAGAGUUGGGCGUGAGGGGAGGAUAAUGACGACCAUAUAUAACGAAAUUCAACUUUAU